GAGCAGAUUGGCUGGCGGAACGUGACACGUCUGCUGGUCUUCACGUCAGAUGACGUCUUCCACACGGCAGGGGAUGGCAAGCUGGGUGGCAUCUACCUCCCGAAUGACAACCAGUGCCACCUCGACACUGACGGCCUCUACAGCAAGAGCCACAUCUACGAUUACCCCUCGGUCGGGCACUUGGCCCAGGUGCUCUCAGCCUCUAACAUCCAGCCCAUCUUCGCUGUCACUGGCUCCACGCUGCCCGUGUACCAGGAGCUGAGUAGGCUGAUCCCCAAGUCGGUGGUGGGGGAGCUGAAGGAGGAUUCCAGCAACGUGGUGCAGCUCAUCUCUGAUGCCUACAAUAGCCUGUCGUCCACGGUGAACCUGGAGCACUUCCAGCUCCCGCCCGGCGUGAGCGUGGCCUACAAGUCGCACUGCAAGGACGCCACCGACUCCCUCGGGAUCCACGGUGGGGUCUGCUCCGGUGUCCACAUCAACCAGCUGGUGAGUUUCACGGUGACGGUGCAGGCCGACGCCUGCCUGGAGGGGCCGCACACCUUCGCGCUGCGGGUGCUGGGCUUCACCGAGGAGGUGCGUGUGGAGCUGCAGACGCUGUGCGAGUGCCCCUGCAGCCAGCCUGAGCCCAACGCUACCCACUGCAGCGGGGGCCACGGCACCCUCACCUGCGGGGUCUGCAGCUGCAGCCCUGGCCGCGUAGGCAAGCUGUGUGAGUGCGAGCUGGCGGAGGCCACGGACCUGGAUGCGGGGUGCCGGGGCCGGAACGGCACGGGCCCCACGUGCAGCGGGAAGGGGCAGUGCGUGUGCGGGCAGUGCCAGUGCAACAGCAACGUGCGAGGGCAGCACUGCGAGUGCGACGACACCAGCUGCGAGCGGCACGACGGGCAGCUCUGCGCAGGCCAGGGUCGGUGCCAGUGUGGGAGUUGCAUGUGCAACGAGGGCUACACGGGCAGCGCCUGUGACUGCAGCCUGGACACCCGCGCGUGCCUGCAGGACGGCGUGGAGUGCAGCGGGCACGGGCGCUGCGUCUGCAACAAAUGUCAGUGCCAGCCGGGCUACUUCGACCGGCUCUGCAGCCGGUGCACGAACUGCCGGACCCCCUGCGAGGAGCACCGGGACUGUGCCGACUGCCAGGCCUUCAGGAUGGGCCCGCUGAGCCAGAACUGCAGCAUCGCCUGCAACCACACCGUGGCCACAGUGGUGCCUGAGGCCACCGUGAACGAGCAGUGGUGCAAGGAGAAGACGGACGACGAGCGGAUCCUGAUCUUCCUGAUUGAGGGCACGGAGGGGGGCAAAGUUGCCCUGAAGGUGAAAGACAAGGACGCUGUCACUGACCAGACCUCCAUGAUCGUGCUGGGCUCGGUCCUGGGUAUCGUGGUCAUCGGGCUGCUGCUCGUCAUCGCCUACCGCAUCUCCGUGGAGAUCCUGGACCGUCGGGAGUACAUGCGCUUCGAGAAGGAGCGGGAGCGGGCCAAGGGGAACGAGGUCAACAACCCACUGUUCCAGAGUGCCACCACCACCGUCAUCAACCCCAGGUACAACGAGGACUGAGGCAGCAUGGAUGGCCGCCCCGGCGCCAGCCCAGCUACCAACGGCACGGGCCCCCGGUGCCACGCUCGCUACAGCAGCCUCCCCCCGAGCUCUCCUGGAAGGGAAGGCGCAGGCAGAGGGCCUGCUGCUCGGUGGAAUCCCACGCUGCUACCCGCUGCCAAAUAGGCCCACGGGGACGUGCCUGGUUGUGCUGCCAGGCGCGCCCACUUCUUACUGGAGGAGCAGGAUGCAGCCCUGGGGCUCUUCCCAGCCCAAAGCCUCCCUGCUUAAGUAGCCCCACCCUGUCCUCCCCUCGCAGCACUAAGUCCCGGAGCCUGCUGCUUCUCUGCCCCCUGCAGCGCAUCAGUCAGCGACCCCCAGCACCAGGAGAGCACGAGCUGCUGUGCACGCCCAGCAGGAGAGCUCUGGGGUCAGAGACUAGCAGGAAGGGCCGGGCUACGGAGCACCAAAGCUCCACUUUUGGGGGGCUUCUCUCCAAGGCACUGUAGGGCAGAGUAGAGCCAGGGGAAACUCAUGGCCAACCAUGGGGGCGGGGCGGGG